AUGGCCAACGAGAGUGACAACGAUUUCGAGAUGGAUAUGGAAGCAAUAUUUGUCGAUUCGGCGGCGGGGGAGAGGGACGAUCCCGCGCAGCCGGCACAAGCACGACCACCGGUGGCACAGCCAGGGCAAGGGCCACAACAGGCUAGCGGGCAGGUGCGGUUGCCGGCAAGAAGCAACCGUGAAGCGGACGAAGCACGAAAUUAUCAACGACGCGGGAAUCAUGCGGGAAGACGGGCGAGGCAGAAUUAUGCGGAGGCAUUUCUUUGCCGCAUGCUCCGAAAAUUGGCGAGUCAAGGACCAUAUCGGGCCAGGGGUCGAGGCGGCAGGCGAGGCGGACGAGGCGGUGGCUAA